AUGUCGCACGCCGUCGUCGCGGGGACGGCGCGCGUCGCGGUCGCGCGCGCGAACGUCGACGCGCGGCGAGGACGCGCGCGAUGCGCGAGGGCGACGACGCGUGAAGAAGAAACGCGUCGUCGUCGUCGUCGCCUUCGCGCGUCGUCGUCGUCGUCAGAGGCCUCCGUCGCGCCCGACGACGCCGCCGCCGCCGCGACGACGACGACGACGACGACGACGACGGCCUCGUCGCGCCGGCGUCUGCUCCUCGCCGCGCUCGGUGGCGCCGCGAUCGCGGAGACGACCGGGCAGGUCGCGGAGAGGACGCUCGUGAGCGAGCAAGCGCGCCUGCGACUGGAGCAGAAGCGACGCGAGCUCUCGAACGCGCUCGCGUCCUUCUCGGAGCAAGCGGACGACGGCGUCGUGACGCGCGCGAAGAAAGCGCGCGGGAUCGCGAACGGGCUCGAGCUGGAGCUGCGACGCGCGGGCGCGAUCGCGGCGCUGAGCGCGCUCGGCGCGUUCGGCAGCCGCGUCAUCACGCGCGCGAAGCAACGUCCGAAGGAUGACACGACGACGGUGUCGAUCGACGCGGCGUCGAGCGUGGACGACGACACCGCGUGCCUCGUCGGCGGCGCGUGCGCGCCGGACUGGAGCGUCGACGACAGCGCGGACGCGGACGCGGACGCGGACGCGCGGGGUCCGGGGACGGCGGCGCCGGCGCGAGGAGCCGUGUUCGCGGAGGAGCCGUGGCGUUGGAAGCUCGUCAGAGACGGCGAUUUCGACGCCGUCGCGCGCACGGUGGUCUUCUCCGCGUGCUACGGCGGCUUCUUCCAGCCGCACUGGUUCAACGUCCUCAACUCCUACGACUGGUCCGACCUCGUGCUCCCCACGCCAUUGGAGCUCUCCCUGCGCGCGUUGGCCGAGCGCUUCGCGGAGAUGCGCGCGGCGACGACGGCGCUGACGACGGCGGGCGUCGACCCCGUCGACGCGCGGAUCGCGACGAGCCUCAACAGCGGCGCGUCGCAGCCAGGCGCGUGGGACUGGGACUGGGACUGGGACUGGAUCGGGUUCGGGGGCGAGGACGGCGUCGUGGACGCGUUCGGCGCGUUCUUCACGCAGGCGGGCGGGUACAGCGAUCCGAGCCUCAUCGGCGGCGUGUCGCUCGUCGAGCCGUUGGAGACGGCGAGCGCGUUUCUCGCGCCGCUCGCGGUGAAUCAGCUGCUCGUGAUCCCCGCGCUGUAUUGGCCGUCGUUUUUCGCGUUUCAGGGCGCGCUGGAAGGGCAGUCCGUGACCACGGUCCUGCAGACGUUGCAUCAGCGGCUGCCCUCGCUCAUGAAGGCUAAUCUCGCGUUCUGGCUGCCGGCGCAGGGGUUUCAGUUCGCCGCGGUGCCCGUGGACGACCAAGCCGUCUACGUCGCGGUGAUGGGCGUGCUGUGGAACGGCGUCUUGGCGGUCGUGACGACGCCGAAGGGGGUUCCAGAGGAGCCCCUUGAGCCAGAGCCGGUGGCGGCGGGAGGGGCGAACGAUAACGAUAACGAGGUCGGGGGUGGGGUCGGCGCGGUCGCGUUGGUCCCGGAGGAGGAGAGAGAGGGCGCGGCGGAGAGAGAGUUCGCCGCGAUGUCGGAGGAGGUCUCCGCGAAAGCGCGGUGAUGAAAUGAUUCUUUUGAGGUUUCUUGAAUUAAAGUCACCUCGUCAUCCUAGCGAUGAAAUUGUCUAAGCAAUAAGUUAGUGCUGACGCGC